AUGAGAUGGAUGAACAUAUUUUCAAAAACUGAUGACAUAAAUUUAUUUGCUUAAAAUGGGGUUUAAUUUUCUGGCCAGGUGAAAGCGGGCUAUUUAUAGACCAUGACAAUGCUGAGUUGACAGGUAUAUAAAUACAGGUGACUUCAAGCUUCCAGAGGCAUUCAGAACUUAGAGGCCUAUGGUUUCAAUGAUCUUACUUUUCUAUUGAUGCAAAUGUUCACAGUUGGGCAAUAAUACCUGUUUAUGUAUACCGCAGAUGAUUUGAAAAGGUGACACUAGGUGUAUUAUUCCAUUCAGCAGUGCCUAGGGAUACAAGUACUAUUGAGGAUUAACAGCAGAUCCAAAACACCAGCGCACAUAAACAAAAGGCGGCCUAAUUCUUGAGGUAACAUAAAGGUCACUUGAGUUACCAGUGAAAGAUCAUUAUAAAACUCAGUGUUAAAAAUUCAUUUACUACCAGGUGAACAGCUGACAUUUGGCUGUCACUUAUCCUGAUAUGCAGGUACAGUAAACAAAUAAUCUUGAACUGAAGAGACCUCUACGCAGUAGAUACUACUGUAAGUAUUUAGAUAACCUACAGCACUGUUGCAAUACACUUGGCAUACAAGCAGUCCAGUUCAACACUGCAAGUUAUUACAUGAUCAGCAGGUGUCAGGAUAAGCUUGGAAAUAUACAUGCACAAACAGGUUAACCAGUCAAGACCACUAAGGCGUUUUGAAAUGAGUAAGACCUUAACAUGAUGGAUAGCGAGGAUCAUGCCGUCUUCGUUGUUGGUGACACUAAGGAAGAAGAGGAAGAGGAAGAAUGUGCUGGUGCUGCAGCAAGCCUCAUUGCUAUACCUGGUGCUACAGGGGGACAGUACAGUGACUUAGGGACCUUCAAGGACAGUCUUUCACAGGAUUAUGCCCCUCAUAGACAACUACAUUCUGUUCAAACAGAGCAAGCCAUUGGAGAGGUUAUUAUUUUGCAGAGGGGAAGGGCUUUCUCUUUGCCUAAUGUCUCUUCCAUGAUGCAGGCCAGAGCACAUAAUGAGAUAGGACUUGACUUGAGAAAAAUAAGCGAUGACCUCAAUAUGGAGUACAAGGAUCACCAUGAAAAAGUACAGAAGGCUGCAAGAAAUCGCAGAGAAAGUGCUCCAGCAUCCGUACUCUCAUCCUCAUUUACUGGAGCCAGUGUUGAAGACAACCACAGCUUUUUUCAAAGGUUGUAUAGAUUACUCUUUGCACCAACACCUUCACAACCCAGGCGGCCUGCACGAGUCAGAAGAUACACAAUUUCAAAUCUGGAGACAUUACCUGAUGAACAGUCAGAAAACUCAUCAAAUGAAGAUCACCAAGACAUAUUUGCCCAUUCUCUUUAACCUCAGAGAAGUAACAUAAGGCAUUUGUAUAUAAUGAAUCAGUUCAUGACAUCAUCCUUUUCUGGUACUGUAGCAGUAAUCUUUUUCAUUUUCAUUACCAAUUUUUCAUUGUCAUACUUUCAGUUUUACUAUACUUAACAGAAUUGCUCAUAAAAAAAAUAAUCACAGAAAUUUUUCUGACCCAAUGAGAUAUUUUAAUACAGGGUUAUUUAUUAAAUGUUAGAUAAAAUAUAACAAGGAAAUCUUCACUGCAUGGAAAUAUCAUAAAAUUGUUGAACUGAAGGCUCAGUUACUGCUAAGUACUUUAUCCUUGGCUAUAUCCAUCUAGUGUCGUUCAUAUACUUCAUCCAGAGUCAGAACAUAGUGAACUGGACAUUGCUAU